CUUUACGCGGCCACACGCUUGAAAGCAAAAGAGAAGCAGUAUAAAUUUGUAUGGGUUCGCAACGGACGCGUUUUUACAAGAAAGAACGAAAACUGCCAAGCCUUGCUUAUUAAGAAUAACGAAACCUUAAAUCUUUUAGCAUAGUAUAGUAUAUUAGAUUGUAAGCUUUUAGUUGUAUCUUUAGCCUAGUAACACACUGAUUUUUUUUUUAUGAUGCUUGAAAUUUAUUAUCAAAACGUACAAGGGUUGAGAACUAAAACGGCAAGCUUUCUCAAGUAUUUGUCAACUUCUAAUUAUAAGAUCAUCGCUCUUACUGAAACUUGGCUGAAAUCUGGUAUUUCUAACAUGGAAUUAUUUGACAAUAGAUACACUGUUUAUCGUAGAGAUCGUUCAAGUUCUACCAAUACCAAAUCGGAUGGUGGAGGUGUCAUAUUGGGAGUCUCCAAAGAAAUUUCUUCUUUCAGAGUUGAGGCAUGGGAAUCGGAUGUGGAGGACUUAUGGGUCACCUUACAAAUAAAUAUUAAUAAAAUAAUAAAGAAACUUUCGAUAUGUGUAGUAUACCUGCCUCCCCCUGUAAAGAUUGGGACUUUGACACAUUUUUUAGACAGCGUUGACAGAGCUUUAAACUUAAGCGAUGACGUCAUUAUUCUAGGUGACUUCAAUCUAGGGUUCAUUAAUUGGAGAUCGCUAAAUAAUGAAGUUUUUAUGACACCUUAUAAUUAUAACAAUACACUUGGCUUUGCCUUUAUUGAUUUUAUGUCUAUGAAUAGCCUAAAGCAAUUUAAUAGUAUAGGUAAUAGCGAUGAUCGUUUCUUAGAUUUAGUAUUAAGUAAUAUGUCUAGUAUUAAUGUAUCAGCCCCCUCCGACUCGUUAAGUAAAAUAUACGCGAAUCCUCCUAGUUUAUUGUUAACUAUUGAAUAUUCUAAAAUAUCUUUUUUGCGAACGAGAGGUAACACUAAACUAAAUUUUUAUAAAGCUGACUAUGUGUCUAUAAUAGGGGAUCUAAAAACCAUUGAUUGGAAUGAUAGCCUACGCGCUCAUGAUGAUGUUAAUGAUAUGGUAUCUGAGUUCUACAAAAUUCUUAACACCACUAUAAGCAAAUUUGUUCCUAAAACGACCAUCAAGAAAUCUAAGUAUCCGGUGUGGUUCAGUUCUUCCUUAAUAAAAUUACUUGCUGAAAAAGAAAAAACACGUAAGAGGUAUCGAAAACGUUGUCACAAACUUUAUGAUGAUUGCUACACUAAAUAUAAGCUAAAUAUUGAGCUUAACAUCAUUGAUGUUAAGCUUCAAGUUCCCAAGGAAAGACGUUUGAAAUGGGAUAAAAAGGCCAACAAGCUGAUUUUUGUAGGUUAUGCAGAAAAAACUAAAGGAUAUAGAGUAUAUGAUCCUGUAACUAACAUUGUCACAAUCAGCAGAGAUGUAGUUGUCAUGGAAAGUCCAAACCAGAAUAUGGUAGAAAUACCAUUGGAAUGUAAGCAUCCAGUGCAAGUAACUGAGCAAGAGAAUGAUUAUGAAGAAAUUGAGAGCUCUUCCUUUAAAGACGAUUGUGGGGAUGAGACUUAUAUCCCAGAAUCUGAAGUUUCAGUGAGUACUUCCAGUGAUAAGACAUUUGACACAGUCUCAGACCCAGGUGUUGAACCAAUUGAGCCAGAGCAAUUACCCAAACGCACUAGAGUGAGACCAGAUAGGUAUGGUUACAAUAACUUCUGUAUGGUGGAGUGUGAAGACAGUAGUCAAGGAGAGAUAACACUCGGAGAGGCAUUAAAUGGUCCAGAAAGUCAAUUCUGGCGAGCCAGUAUGAAAGAAGAACUAAAAUCAUUCAGAGAAAAUGAAGCUUGGGAAGUGGUGGACAGGCCAAAACAAGCUACAGUGGGAGAACAAAGUGUUAAAACUAAAGAGGGCAAUCUAUGGGUUGAAACAAUCAGCUAG